UCUGUAUAUUAUUUUCAAUUGAGUGCAAAUGUCAGAUGACUCAUAGGCGACGAGGUAUUGCAUAUAUUUGCAUUUUCAUCGAACAUCCUCAGGAAUUAUGCGCAGUUUUAUGAUAAAUCCUGCUCACUUUGCAUACAGAUCUGAGUGUUUGUAAACCUGCUCCUUCAUGAAGUCAUAUCUCAAACAGCAGCUUCGGUGCCGUUUACAGAGUUAAUAAAGACAGUCAAUCAACCCGAAGAGCUGGUAAAACAUGACUUUGACCUUGGCAAGUGGGCCACAACACUUGUCUUUUAUUGGUCUGAUAAUUCAGUGACGGGCCAGGUGAUUUUUUAUAGGUAGAAGGAGCACGACUUAGAAUAUUGCUGAUGGAUUUUGUGGCCAGUAAGACACUCAAUAGUUUAUGGGCUGUGGGGCUGCAUGGGUUACAUCUGGAUGUAUAUAACAUAGAUGGGAUCAACAGAGCGUGCAUCAGUCCUUUUUCCUGUUGAAGAUAUCAGGACCAUCUCUAGAACAUCCCAUAGUAAUGAGUCUCCUGGCCUGGGCCGUACUUCUCGCACUGCUGGCCCACCCCAUUACAGAAUCAGCUGAAAUACCUUACCCAGAAUUAGAUAAGCCCAAAACGGGAAUUACAUUAUCAAUGGAGAAUAGAGGAGUUGGACCUGUGGAUGAGUUCUCUCUUUUGGAGCAAACUUUUACUCUGCAGAGUGGUCUCCGAUACUCUACUCUGGAAUCUGGGGAGAUCAACAGAAAUAGUGUCAGAACUACAGGCAAACUUCUGAAAGGGCUGAAAAGAGAGGUCUUACUGGAGAAACAGUGUCUGCAAAACCCUUUUAGUCAGCUACUGGGCAUUCACAAGCAGUUUAGAAAAAGAGGAGGGUAUGCAGAAUGUUUCUGGAAGUACUGUGUAAAACUGUCAUGUCAUGCAUGUGCUUAAUGUACACACAUACACACACAAA